GUCAGUGCGGUGCUGCGCCGGGAAACAUGGCGUCGGAGGGGAUGAUUUUAACGAACCACGACCACCAAAUCCGCGUCGGGGUCCUCACAGUGAGUGACAGUUGCUUCAGGAACCUUGCCGAGGAUCGUAGUGGGAUAAACCUUAAAGAUCUGGUCCAGGACCCUUCUUUGUUGGGUGGGACUAUAUCUGCAUACAAGAUAGUGCCAGAUGAAAUAGAAGAAAUUAAGGAGACGCUGAUAGAUUGGUGUGAUGAAAAGGAACUUAAUUUGAUUUUAACAACUGGAGGAACAGGGUUUGCACCACGAGAUGUCACUCCAGAGGCCACUAAAGAAGUAAUAGAGCGAGAAGCCCCAGGGAUGGCCCUGGCAAUGUUGAUGGGAUCACUUAAUGUAACUCCUCUGGGCAUGCUUUCUAGACCUGUGUGUGGAAUCAGAGGAAAAACUCUCAUAAUCAAUCUGCCAGGUAGCAAGAAAGGAUCACAGGAAUGCUUUCAGUUUAUACUGCCAGCCCUACCUCACGCCAUUGAUCUUUUGCGGGAUGCCAUUGUAAAAGUAAAGGAGGUACAUGAUGAACUUGAAGAUCUACCUUCACCACCACCUCCUCUCUCUCCUCCUCCAACCACCAGCCCUCACAAGCAGACAGAAGACAAAGGAGUACAGUGUGAGGAAGAGGAGGAAGAGAAGAAGGAUAGUGGAGUUGCAUCAACAGAGGAUAGUUCCUCUUCACAUAUAACUGCAGCAGCCAUUGCAGCUAAGAUUCCAGACUCCAUUAUCUCUCGUGGUGUUCAGGUGCUCCCACGUGACACAGCCUCCCUCAGCACUACCCCUUCAGAAUCUCCUCGUGCCCAGGCCACCUCUCGUCUCUCUACUGCAUCCUGUCCAACACCGAAACAAAUUAGACGGCCGGAUGAAAGCAAAGGAGUUGCUAGUAGAGUUGGAUCCCUCAAACUCCAUCGAAAGCUGGAGGAGCUCAGAGGUCACCUAGAAGGCAAUGUCAAAGGAUGCUCUCUCCGAGUAAAUGCUCGGCUCCCUUCGUGCUCAUCCACCUAUAGUGUUUCUGAGGUCCAGUCCAGGUGCAGCAGCAAGGAGAACAUCCUCAGAGCAAGUCACAGUGCUGUUGACAUUACCAAGGUAGCAAGAAGACACCGCAUGUCUCCAUUCCCAUUGACAUCUAUGGACAAGGCCUUCAUCACAGUUCUGGAGAUGACCCCAGUGCUCGGAACAGAAAUCAUCAAUUACAGAGAUGGAAUGGGCCGAGUCCUUGCACAAGAUGUAUAUGCAAAAGAUAACCUACCACCAUUUCCAGCAUCAGUAAAAGAUGGCUAUGCUGUCAGAGCUGCUGAUGGCCCAGGGGAUCGAUUCAUCAUAGGGGAAUCCCAGGCUGGUGAGCAGCCAACUCAGACUGUGAUGCCUGGUCAGGUAAUGCGAGUUACAACAGGUGCUCCAAUCCCAUGUGGUGCUGAUGCAGUGGUGCAAGUGGAAGAUACCGAACUCAUCAGGGAAUCAGAUGAUGGCACUGAAGAACUAGAGGUUCGAAUCCUGGUACAGGCUCGACCAGGCCAAGAUAUCAGACCUAUAGGACAUGACAUUAAAAGAGGUGAAUGUGUGUUGGCGAAAGGAACCCACAUGGGUCCAUCUGAGAUUGGUCUCUUAGCAACUGUUGGAGUAACAGAAGUAGAAGUUAACAAGUUCCCAGUGGUUGCAGUCAUGUCAACAGGGAAUGAGCUACUGAAUCCUGAGGAUGACCUCUUACCAGGAAAGAUUCGAGACAGUAACCGUUCAACUCUCCUAGCUACAAUCCAAGAGCACGGCUAUCCAACAAUUAACUUGGGAAUUGUGGGAGAUAACCCAGAUGAUUUACUGAAUGCACUGAAUGAGGGUAUCAGCCGUGCCGAUGUGAUCAUUACAUCAGGAGGUGUAUCGAUGGGAGAAAAGGACUAUCUUAAACAGGUGCUGGACAUCGAUCUUCACGCACAAAUUCACUUUGGCAGAGUUUUUAUGAAACCAGGCCUGCCAACAACUUUUGCAACUCUGGAUAUUGAUGGCGUAAGAAAGAUAAUCUUUGCACUCCCAGGCAACCCGGUGUCAGCUGUUGUCACCUGCAAUCUCUUCGUUGUUCCCGCGCUGAGGAAAAUGCAGGGUAUCCUGGAUCCUCGGCCCACCAUUAUCAAAGCCAGGUUAUCAUGUGAUGUAAAAUUGGACCCCCGCCCAGAAUAUCAUCGGUGCAUACUGACUUGGCAUCACCAAGAACCACUACCUUGGGCACAGAGUACAGGGAAUCAGAUGAGUAGUCGUCUGAUGAGUAUGCGCAGUGCCAAUGGACUGUUGAUGCUACCUCCAAAGACAGAGCAGUAUGUGGAGCUUCACAAGGGGGAGGUGGUGGAUGUCAUGGUCAUUGGAAGGCUAUGAUGUCACCAGCAAGAGCGACGCUUUGAUGCAUGUCCACAUAUCAUUGACUGUAUCCUGUAAUAUGCAACGGCACAGCUAGUUUUUCUGAUUUGGAUAAAAGUUGAUCAGUAUAGUCAACAUCUUGAACUAUAUUUCAAAUGGAAUUUAAAUAAAUACCUUUUAAAAAAAAACUUUAAAAGCAAAUCUUAACAAAGAAAUUUAUUCUGAUUAUAUCAAAGCAACUUUUUCCUUUCCUUGCAAUUGCUUUGUGUGUUCAAUGCUAGUUCUAAUAGCGGUAGCUUUUAGUAGACAGCAGUAGGUGCCUGCAGAACUUGUGUUUUUUCUCAUCUUUAAGAUACAACUACUUAUGCUCUUAAAACAAGGCUGUCUGCUUAUUUAUACUAGCGUAGACAACACUUGGAUUUCCCUUAUUAGUAUGCUUCAUAACCGCUUCACAGAGAGCUUCUGCUUGUUCUUUAUCUUGUAUCUCGUGUUGAUGUGCACAGUGCCAAAAGCAGAGUGGCUGCACUGGGAACCCAAUGAAGCCGCGAGGUUUUACCACCUCGCUGUGCGUUCAGGGAUCUCUCUUGUCCCAGCAGCCACCCAGCUCAGUACUCUUGGGCAGUAACUGGAUACCUUUUAUUUCAACAAACAAACAAAAAAAUUGCUUCCUUAAGUGCUGACAGCCUUUUUAACCAAUACAUUUAAAAAUGUACAGAACUAAAAACUAAAAAAAAAAAAAAUCAAAGACUGAUCUUGUACAGAUAUUAGUGUUACCAGCAUUCGUGUGGAAAUUAAAUGAGCAAAGAAAUAAAACUAAUGUUAAACAACUCUGUACCAUAACAUUUUCUGUAAUGAUAUUGAAACU